AUGGGUCUUUCACCAUCAUGGUACCAGUUUCUAGUCGGCGUCUUCGCCUCUGUGGGUUCAUUUCUCUACGGAUAUGAUCUGGGUGUCAUCGCAGAGGUGAUUGUAUGCCAAUCCUUCGUGGACAAGUUCGAGGCAAAUGAUACGCAAAGUGGCCUGGUCGUCUCCAUGUUCACCACUGGCGCGUUCUUCGGCGCAGGAUUCGCUGGACCGUCUGGCGACUACCUAGGCAGAAAAAAAACCAUCUCACUUGGCUGUCUGCUCUUCUGCUUGGGAGGAGGACUUCAGACCGGGGCGAGGAAUCUGGGCUAUCUCUACAGCGGACGUUUCUUUGCCGGACUAGGCGUCGGCUUCCUCACCAUGGUUAUCCCGCUAUACCAAGCUGAGAUCUGCCACCCGAAGAUCCGUGGCCGAGUCACUGCUCUCCAGCAGUUUAUGCUCGGCGUGGGUGCUCUCUGCGCUUCGUGGAUUGGGUACGGUACGUAUAUUGGCUUCAGCCCGACCAACAGCGCUCAGUGGCAAUUGCCAUUGGGUAUUCAGAUUAUCCCUGCCGUGAUCCUGGGCUUGUUGAUCGGAGUUUUCCCCGAGUCUCCCCGUUGGUUGAUCGAUCACGGCCGCUCUGAAGACGGUCUACGCACGUUGGCCAAGCUGCAUGCCCACGGCAACGAGCAUGAUCCUUGGGUUCAGGCCGAGUACGCUCAAAUCCAAGAAACCAUCAACCAUGAGCACGAACAUGAGGCCAAAUCAUAUGUCGAGCUUUUCAAGAGCCGAUCGUCUUUCCGUCGCUUGUUCCUCUGCUGUGCCCUUCAAGCAUCCGUCCAGAUGACCGGUGUAUCAGCCAUCCAAUACUACUCCGUGACAAUCUACGAACAAAUCGGCAUCUCCGGCGAAGCCACCCUUCGCUACCAAGCCAUUAACUCUAUAAUCGCCCUCAUCGCCCAAUUCCUCUGCAUCCUCUUCAUCGACCGCUUCGGCCGUCGCUGGACCCUAAUCUCCGGCAACCUUGGUAACUGCGUUACCUUCAUCAUAGCAACCGCGCUCCUUGCCAAAUUUCCCCCAUCAACCAACAACUCCGGCGCGCACUGGGGCUUCAUCAUAAUGACAUGGCUGUACAACUUCUCCUUCUCAGCAACCUGCGGCCCGCUAUCCUGGAUUAUCCCAGCUGAAGUCUUUGACACGCGAACCCGAUCAAAGGGUGUUUCGAUCACGACGAUGAUCUCGUUCGCAUUCAAUACCAUGAUCGGUCAGGUCACGCCAAUUGCGAUGAAGAAUAUUGGAUAUAGGUAUUAUUAUCUGUUUGCCAUUUGUAAUUUCACGAAUGCAAUUUUCUUUUGGGUGUUGUUGCCUGAGACGAAGAAGGUGCCGCUGGAGGAGAUGAACUAUAUGUUCUCGCAUGCGCCUUGGAUCGUGCCAGGAUCUAAGACGAAGGAUUAUAUUGCGCAUGAUUUGGAGAGGAAGGUUGAGGAGCAGGAGGUUAAGCAGAGUACGGUGCAUUAUGAGGAGCAGAUUUGA